AUGGUCUGUCUCUGCAUCCCUGUCGCUGCUGUCGCGGCUGUUUCUGGUGUUGCUCCUGUCGCUGCUGUUACUGGUCUUGCUGCUGCUGCUGCUGCUGCUGCUACUGCUGCUGGUGUUGCUGCUGCCGCUGCUUUUGCUGGUGUUGCUGCUGCCGCUGCUGUUGCCGGUGUUGCUGCUGCCGCUGCUGUUGCUGGUAUUGCUGGUGUUGUUGCUGCUGCUGCUGCUGCUACUACUGCUGCUGCUGCUGCUGCUGCUGCUGCUGCUGCUGCUGCUGCUGCUGCUGCUGCUGCUGCUGCUGCUGCUGCUGCUGCUGUCGUGCCUGUUGCUGCUGCUGCUGCUGCUGCUGCUGCUGCUGCUGUUGUCGUGCCUGUUGCUGCUGCUGCUGCUGCUGCUGCUGCUACUGCUGCUGUCGUGCCUCAUUCGAUGAAUCUGGAGACGCAUUCGACGUUGGUUGCAGGCAGCGGGCGUUCUUCGUGGCGCUACUCGCCUUUGACACCCUCGCUAACCGCUCCUCAGAACCACUCAUUGCUGUCUCCUCUCUCUCGACGGAGUCACCCUCCACCGCCACCGCCACCAUCAUGA